AUGGAAACCAAACUUUUAUUUGUGGAAUGGAAUCCUAUACUACCUCAAAUUGGCUACACAAAGUUUGUUGCGGUGGACUGUGAUUGUGCGACGGGGGGUCACAAAGGUGGUUUAUGUAUACUCUGGGCUGAUGAUAUUAAACUCGACGUCAAGUCAUCCUCUUUGCACCAUAUACUUGCAUCGAUUGAUGAUGGAAUUCAUGAGCCUUGGGAUUUUUGUGGAUUGUAUGGGUGGAGUAAUACGGAAGAGCACUCUCUUACUUGGGAUCUUAUGCGCGUUUUAAAAACACAGGUGUUGGAAAGAUGGAUUUGUGGGGGUGACUUCAACGAAACUAUGUAUCACUUUGAGAAACGAGGCGGUCAAAUAAAACCUGAUCUUCGGUUGGUGAGAUUUCGUGAUGUGGUGGAAGAAUGUGGGCUGAGUGAUUUGGGUUUUGUUGGCAACCCCUUCACAUGGAAUAAUAAUCAGGUUGGGGAGGCUAAUAUUAUGGAAAGAUUAGACCGAGUCUUGGGCAGUGACAGUUGGAUACACCUCUUCCCAUCGUUUGAGGUCUCGCACCUCCUCAGGAAGUCCAGCGACCACUGCCCUGUUGUGCUUUGCCUGGAGAAGAUUUGCGAUGAAAGGUCUUUUCGUCCAAAGCCUUUUCGCUUUGAGGCUAUGUGGUUGAAACAUGAGAGCUUUAAGGAAACUUGCGAAAGAUUGUGGGAGUCGGGAGGCGUGGUGAAGACAGCUGAGGAGGUUAAGAAAAAGAUCGAUGAUAUAGGCUACGCGCUUAAGCUUUGGGAAAAAAUGAAUUUGGAAAUGUUAAAGUCAGAUGCUCUGAGAUUAGAAAAGAGAUGGAUGAACUUCAAAAUGCUUGUUUCGAUGAGGAGAACAGGGACGCACAAAAAAAAACUUGAGGAUGAGCUAGAUGAACUCUCGAAAAAAGAGGAAUUGAUGUGGAAGCAAAGGUCUAAGGCUGACUGGUUGGCGGAAGGGGAUCGAAACACUGGUUUCUUUCAUAAAGUUGCAGAGGGGAGGAAAAAACGGAAUCAUAUUAGGGAAAUUAAAUGUGUGGAUGGGACGACGACUCAGAAUUUUGAGAAGAUGAAUGAGAUUUUUAGGGAUCACUUUCAGACGCUCUUCUCUCCUGGACAAACUCAUAACCCGUCUGAAGUUCUCCGUUCCAUUGAUUCGGUGGUCACUGAGGAGAUGAACAGAGAGUUAACACGCCCAUACACCACUGCAGAGAUCGUUGCUGCUCUAAAGCAAAUGCACCCCUUAAAGGCCCCUGGGCCGAUGAUUGUGUCCAAAGUAAUUACUAAUCGUCUCAAAGUUUGCCUACAUUCUAUUAUUCAUGAGAGCCAGUCUGCUUUUGUCCCGGGUCGUCAUAUUACGGAUAACGCUUUACUUGCUUUUGAAAUCUUCCAUAUGAUGAAACUGAAUAAAGCAAAUUCUAAGGGUGUCUUCGCUUUUAAGCUUGAUAUGGCAAAAGCUUACGACCGGGUUGAGUGGAAUUUUUCGGAGUCUAUCAUGCUGCAUUUGGGGUUCUGUUCUUCUUUUGUUCGUUUGAUCUUACGGUGUGUUUCGACUGUUUCAUUUCGUGUUCUUGUUAAUGGCUGUCCAGGAACUUCUUUCGAGCCGGGACGUGGUCUGAGGCAAGGUGAUCCGUUGUCCCCAUUCCUAUUCUUGUUUUGCGCUGAGGCUCUUUCGGGUUUACUUCGGAAGGCAGAAACUCAAAAUCUCCUGCAUGGAGCGCGGAUAUGUAGAACGGCUCCGAGAGUGUCCCAUCUUUUAUUUGCGAACGAUUGCAUAAUUUUUGGGAGGAGGAAGGCUUCAGAAGUUGAAGAAGUGAAAAAGAUUAUCAACUCUUACGAAGGAGUCUCUGGGCAGUUGGUGAAUCUGGAUAAGUCUUCUAUUUCGUUUAGCAGUGGUAUUCUCGAAGGUCUCCAGAUUGAGCUUGCAAGCAUUUUGGGCGUUGUGAGGUCGGGUCAGCGCUCCACGUAUUUGGGAAUACCUUGCACGGUUGGACGAUCCAAAAGCGAGAUUUUUCAGAUGUUGGUUGAUAGGACACGAAAGAAGUCAAAAGAUUGGAAGAGGAGAUACAUGUCCGGUGCGGGGAAAAUGGCAAGGUACUUCCCGAGAAAUGAUUUGCUUAUGGCUAACAAUGCUCAUAACCCAUCUUAUGCAUGGAAAAGCUUGUUGGCAGGGCAUGAUUUAAUUGAGAAAGGCAUUGCUUGGAGAUUAGGAAAUGGUAAUCGAAUCAGGAUUGGUAAAGAUUGUUGGUUGCCUAAUGGGAAAGGGCAGUUCACUCCGGCAAGAGUGGGAGAUAGUGCAGCAAACUUAAGAGUAAGGGACCUGAUAGAGAGUGACGAAUAUUGUUAG